GCAGGAGCCUCCUGGCUGGGGAGGGCUCCCCGGGGCGCCUGUCCCCCUGCCCUGGCCGCGGGGACGCCAGGCAGGCAUGGUCGGAUACGACCCCGAGGCCAAGUGCGUCUCCACGGUGGAAGCGGCUGUAGCAGGAUCGGCGUCUGGCUUGGUCACUCGGGUGCUUGUCAGUCCCUUAGAUGUCAUCAAGAUCCGCUUUCAGCUUCAGAUUGAGCAGCUCUCCUCCAGAAACCCAGCAGCUAAGUAUCAUGGUAUCUUACAAGCUGUACGGCGCAUCUUCCAGGAAGAGGGGCUGGUAGCCUUCUGGAAGGGGCAUGUUCCUGCUCAGUUCCUUUCAGUUGGCUACGGAGCAGUUCAGUUCAUGGCAUUUGAAAGCUUGACAAAACUGGUGCACAACGUCACCUCAUACAAUGCCCGCGAUUCCUUUGUGCACUUUGUCUGCGGUGGACUGGCAGCUUGCACAGCCACUGUCGCAGUUCAGCCUGUUGACACGCUACGCACCCGCUUUGCUGCUCAGGGUGAGCCUAAGAUCUAUCACAACCUUCGCCAUGCAGUGGUGACGAUGUACCAGGCAGAAGGGCCUCGGACUUUCUACAGAGGUUUGACCCCCACAAUCGUUGCUAUCUUUCCAUAUGCUGGUCUCCAGUUCUCCUUCUACAACAUCCUGCAACAGUUUUCUGAAUGGGUGAUCCCAGCUGAAGGAAAGAAAGGAGGCAACGUUAAAAACCUUGUUUGUGGCAGCUGCGCUGGAAUCAUCAGCAAAACCCUCACUUACCCUUUUGAUGUGUUCAAAAAACGACUACAAGUGGGUGGCUUUGAGCAUGCCCGGGCAGCCUUUGGGCAGGUACGGAUCUAUAGGGGUCUCCUGGACUGCAUAAGGCAGAUCAUGCGAGAGGAGGGCCCAGGUGGAUUCUUUAAGGGCCUUUCGCCCAGCUUGCUGAAGGCUGCUGUCUCGACUGGCCUUGUUUUCUUCUGGUAUGAGCUGUUCUGCAGCCUGCUGUGUGCCCUGAAGAGCAGCGACAGCACUACAAGGACAGAAGGCUGAAAGGGACAUGUAUGUGGCUACCUGGUAUCUCCCCAAGGAGGGGAAACUGAUGGCUUUGCUCUGUCAUGAGCAUGUUGGAAAUGUCAGAGCUUCCAGAGCUCCACCAGCCUGGAGGAAAUCACCUCCUGGGACCAAGCAGAAGGAGAAGGUGACUGCAGUUCUGCUGAAGAUACUGAACUGCUUUGCUGGAAGCUGUUUAGCUGGGCACUUUUUUUUCUCUAAUAUCAGCAUACAUUUAGUGGGGAGGGGGGGGGAACCAAGCAGACGACUACCUAGCAGAGACUCUGCUCUGAAAAGGCACCCAAUCAAGUGGGUGAAUUCCUGUGCUUGCCCUGGAUCACAGGGAGGGAUCCUGGCCUAGCUAGUGCUGCUUAACCAACCCAACGUCACUUCCUAUCACUGCAUCCACACAGCUUUAUUUCCUUGCUCUAUGGCCUACUGUCUGCACCAUAUUCUUUUCUCUGUGUUGCACAGAUAGCUCUGUCCUGCUGCUGUGAACUUAGUUACAACCUUUUUAAUGUGCACUGACCCUCGGUUAUCCUUUGCUGCCAGCUGCUGCUUCUUGAUUACCACUUGCUGGCUGCACAUUCUCAGCCACCUUAAACACAGAAAAAGUAGAUCAUGCUGACCCAAACUUUCUUUAACUCUGGAGAGCUUGAUUGUAUCCUUAGUGCCCAUUUCAAUUCCUGCAUGUCUUGCCAGGCAUCUCUUAGGGUUUUGCAUUGCCUCAGUCAUGCUUUUUAGACCUGCAGAUGAAGAACCCCGCUCUAAGGGGAUUCAACGCACAAGUCCAAUGCUUACUUCAGGGUUCUUUGCUUCAAUGCAGUGAGUAAACAAAUGCUGUAUAGAGUUUUAGAAAUAUUUAGUCUAAGUUGGAAUAAUGAAGCAAGAGUCCUGUGGAAAUUAGCAAAUGUCUUUUAAAAUACUACCUUCGAAUGUUUCUAGCAAGUAUUUCUGUAGUGGCCUCAAAACAUUUCUGAACCUCAGUCCUACAGUGGUGCUAACAGAUGAAAAUGCUUUGACAAGAUCAGCGGAAGUGAGAGGGCUGAACAUCAGAUCAGGAUUGGUUGAUUUAGGGUGGUUUUUGACAAGAAAAAGAUGGUUGAAUUGGAGCUGAAGAAGUGUUUUUCAGGAAUUUCAAAGGUUUGUGAAUGGUUGAAGAAAAAAAACCUCCUAACUCUGAUUUACUUAACAGGGGGAAAAGAGGAAAAUUACUUUCUUCCUCCUCUUUUUUUCUCUGUUUUUUCAAGCUGAGCAGGGUGUGGCUGGACCAGUGUGUGGAAGGCAGACUUCUGAGGAAGAGCCACUGUGAUACAAAAGCAUGUUAGUCAUCUGGCAAGUGGUGGGUAGGGCAGAGCAGUUAUUUAGAGGAUGAUUUGAUGGUUCUUCUCUUAAUGCAGGGCUUUUUGUGGCUCUCUUGCAACAUUCAGGGUGUUAAUCCCAAAUGGUCUGGCCAGAUUCCAGCCUGACCAAUUCCAUUCUGUUGACGCAACUUCUGAUGAUUUUGAGCAUAUCAGCAUUGCUCACUUAUCCUGAACUAUUGUGAGAAGCUGUUUUUAAAGAGCAGCUGUUUCAUGGGUGGCUGAGGUAUCUAGAGAGAUUCCUCGAGAUUCCUUCCAAGCCCAGGCCAAAUAACUUUGCUUCUGCUGUGAUUUGAGUUCUUGGAGUGCAAAAAGUGGCUGUUUCACUGCAGGUGAUGGAGAGCUAUGUAAAAUCUAAUUCAUUGAGCAGUGUCAGGCAGGAGGCUGAUAUGUGAUCCUCGAAGAAGAGUGAGUGUUAGCUGCAAGUACUCUAAAAAGAGGAGAAAAUGCAAAGAAUGUGGAGUAAAGUUUCUCAAAGUGUCUCAAUCCUAUUGGCAUUUUCCUGUGUUAUUUAGGCUCUUCUGAGACUUCCCCAAAAUCUUAACAAUAUUUUGCUUUUGUUUGUUGUUCAUCUGUUGUUCUUGGAAAGGCAUCAUAACUGGAAUUAACUGAGCCUCAUGACAUCCUUCUGAGGGAGAGAAAUACCUUGUUCGAAACAGACACAAAGAGGUUGGGAUUGCUACUGUCUUUUGGCCGCUGGUAGAGGGGAAUGCUGUCAUGGUUAGCAGGGAUAGGACUGGCCACAGCAGAAAAUUUUCUGGGCUGAACUAGGCUUCCAUAGGAAACUGGGACUCAUGCAUCCUGUCUAAACGUUACAAGACUCGUGUUUUCCACUUUAUGUCAGAGCUGCUGUUAAACUGCACAAAACAAGGGGAAACUGGUUAGGAACUCAGAAGUGGGAAUUGCAACCUCUGGAAUAGGGGGUGAGUUGCUUUGGCUGUCACAGGGGUAAUGAAUAAACAGAAAACUAUGUGCUCUGCUAAGAUGAUGUUCCUCAAAUGCUGUGGAGCUUGAGGUGAAGCAGGCAUACAGCUUUAGGGACGUGCAACUCGGCUGCUCCACGGAGAGGGCAGCAAUGGAGAGUAUAGAGCUGGUUUUCCUCUUUGGGAUAGUUUUUUCCUCCACUCUCCGUUAAGUGAGCUUGCCUCCAUCCAACAGAUAGCAAGGUCAGAGCUUAAGUUGUGCCAGUCUGGCCCAGGCUGUGAAGACGCUCCCUGGUCGGGGGCUUUGGGGCACAGCCUGCUUUAUGUAUCCCUUCAGGCUGUCAUGAAUGUUAUAGACCCAUAAAGGCACCUGGUCUUCUAGUGAGUGAGGGAGGAAGAAGUGACAACCUCAGCCAAACAAUAUUGAAAGUUGCGUCUAACAGUUGUUUCAUCAUUUGCCUGUGGUCAGCAAAUUUGAAAUAGCAGCAUCUGUCUCAAAUUUCCGACAUGCACUUGGCUCACUGGGAGUCGCUGCUGGGGAAGGGAAUAUUGUUUUCUCUUUGGGAAUGAGAGUGGUUUAGUGCAAAGCACUAGGAGGGACAGGUCUUAUUUCUGAUGCUGCUCUGGCAAAACACACACUGAAGAUAAAUCUCCUAGAACUAGAGGAGCGGGAGAUGGGAGAGAGAGAUCCGUAGUCACCUUGUUCUCCCAUGUGCUGGGACAGAUUUGCUCUCAGAAACGCAGCACACCAGUUCAGUUUCCAGUGACUCAGCGUGGUGAGUGACUUGCUGUGAGACUGCGCCAGAGUUUGCCGGUUGGGGUGGCUGGGAUUUCACUCUGAUGUAAUCCUAUCGGGGGGAUUUGCGUUGCCUGAAAUUCACCUCACAAGCUGCUCAGCAGUUACAUCUGUUUUCUUCUAGUGCCUUUUACCAUCAGAACAUCCAAAUGCACUUUAGCAGGAAUAAGUGUGCCAGUCGGGUUGCACGGGGGUUGUCAGGGGAUCCACCAUCGCUCUCCGCUGGCCUGGGACGGGCGAGCAUUGGCACACCAGUUUGGGGAGGAACACACUGUUCUGCAGCACCGGCUGGCUCGCUGAGUUUCUAGGACAAUCCUAUUCUCAGGAUGCUCAUCCAGAGCUGCACAGCAUCGUUUUUGAAAAGAAAUGAAUGUUUUACAGUCAGGCUUGGAAUAGAUUGUAUUAAAAGUGGGUUUAAGUUUCUCUUGUGAUGUAGAACUGUAAUUCUCUGCGGCGUUUUGCUGUGUUGCCUGAGUGGAUCUUUUGCAGCAGCUGUUGUCUGAAAGCAUCUGAGCACAACGCGUGCCUACCUUUGAGAAAAGGUACAUUAAAGAUUUCGUUAUGCCUG